CCCUCCUUGGGCUUUGGAAUCGAGUGAGGAGAUCCAGCAGCCAUGCAUCGUGAAGUAGCCAUGGGCAGUGUUUUGUGGGAACUUGUUACAAAGAAUUAGAUUGUGGUACGGUUUUACCCUACCCUAUUAUUCCGCAUCAAGAACGAACACGGGCGUGCUUCCUCUCUGUAGGCUGGCGUAAUAUAAGGUUCGGUAAACAAUACUCAAAGCGGGUCGUCAAUUCGGCGCUUCGCUGCUGGUGGCAAUGGCGACCUUACCACGGUUCGACUUCGGCUUUGCCUUCCGAGAGCCCGCCUUCUCUGACUGCGUGCUGCGACUUGUGAUCGAGCCACACCUAGCAGCUGCAGCGGACGAAAUAAACGCCGCCGAAGAGACCGCUGAAACCAGCAACAAAGAACCCCUACACGUGGACACUGCAGGGAUAUACAGCUCAGCAGCUCCAGCAGCUUCUGCAGCAGCAGCAGCAGCAGCAGCAGCAGCAGCAGCAGCAGCAGCAGCAGCAGCAGCAGCAGCAGCAGCAGCAGCAGCUUCUGCUGCGGUUUCUCCGUCUGACCCCUCAACGCGAGACGUGCCAGCAGCGUCGGUCGUUCUGGCGUCCAAGUCGUCCUUCUUCCGUGCGCUCUUCACGAGCGGGUUCAGCGAGACACUGGACAGAAGAGUCGUGCACGUCCACUUGUCCACCCAAGAAGAGCCUCUAAUGAUGGAGCUGCUACAGUACAUCUACAGGGGCGCUCUUCUCGCCGAUACAGUCACAUCCUUUGAGCGCACACUGCAGCUCCUUCUUUUAGCCGACCGGUUCGGCGUGGACGAGUGCAUCUCCACAUGCUCCUCCCUCCUCACCUCCCUCACCUCCCUCCCUCCCCUCCACUCCCACCCCCACCCCCACCCCUCCUCCUCCACCACCUCGGCACUUCUUACCUCCUCUACCCCCACCACCACACCGUCCCUCCCUCCCAGCAGCAGCACCCCUGGAGCCACUCUUCCCACAAAUCCCCCUCUCCCAGCAUCCGCCUCGGCCUCUUCCCCCUCCCCCUCCACCGCCAGCGCCAGCACCGCCCCCUCCUCCUCUUCUACCCCUUCCUCCAUCUCCACUCAGCAUGCUCUCCUCGCACUCUCCCUCCCUCCAUCGCUCCGCCUCAACCCCCUUCUCGCUCAGCUCAUCCGCGCCUCCCAGGCCUGCAUCGUGCUCCACUAUGGCCCCCAACUCAACAACCUCCACCACUAUGCUUCACAGCUCCACAGCAGCGCUGUUGUGCUACUCGACCCUCACCACAACCACUUUCACCACCACCCUCACCUCAGCUCCUCUCAUUUCAGCACCCCUCAGCUGAUCAACCCUCACCUGAGCCACCCUGCAGCACCCUUAAUCGAGUUUCUCUCCAUCCCCGAGGCGGGGAUGCGCGCUCUCCUGGAGUCAGACGACCUGCCUGUUGACUCCGAAGAGUCUGUCUUCUGCGCGCUCAUCCUCUGGGCCCGGCAUAGAUUCCGGGGCGGCAAAGUGGCUCUGAACAGCGAAUCAACCCCCGGCAACAAAGUGGGUCUGGGCGGCGAAGUCGCUCUGGGUGGCAGAGCUGGUUUGGGUGGCAGCCAGGCGGCGGGUUUGGAGGAGAGGAGGGCGGUGGUGGGGAGGUUGGUGAGGGAGGUGCGGUGGGCGUGGGUGGGUGCAGGGUUUGUGCGGGCAGUGGUGCUGGGCCUAGAGGAGAUGCAGAGUGAGGAAGCCAGAGGGGUGGUUCUGGAAGGGCUGUUUGCUGCGGCUCAGAGGGGGGAGGAGAUCUCUGGUGUGCAGACCACGUCAAUCUCACCCUUGUCAUCGCAGUUUCCGCCUGUGAAUCCUGUUACUUCUCCUCCUCUUCUUCCUCCUCUUCCUCCUCCUCCUAUUCCUUUUGAGUUAGUCUCUGCAGCCUUGUCCGUUUCACCUCCUGCUUUCACCAGGCCAACAAACUCAGCCCCAUACUCCUCCCUGCCCUUCCCCACUCUCUCUUCUCCUCCCCCUCACACACACUCCACCCCUUGCACAUCUCUCUCUGCGUCCCCUUCCCACCAACUCUCACAGUCCCUUCACAUGCUAUCAUCCCCUGCCUCCCCCCCUUCUUGGUCGCGCCCCCGCAGCUCCUACCGCCCGCCCCGCAAGUCCCUCUUCCUCGAAAUUCCCCUCAGCCAGUGCCAGGGCUGGACGCCCUCCGUCUCCUUCCAGGCAACUUCCGGCCUGUUCUGCAUUGCCGGGCGGUGGUUCACGCUUAAUGCUAAGUUGGAGUGUCAGAAAGAGCUGGGACCGCGCUUUGGCCUGUUCCUGCGCUUAGAUAAGCACGCCACUUUCCCGGGCGUUGCAGCAGAGAGCGUGAAUUGCCAGUACCGGUUCUGCGUGAAAAUGGAUCUCGGGGGAGGCAGUGAAGGGCAAAGCAGCAGCAGCUCAGGUACCGAUAGCGGCGUGAAUUGCAGGGCUCAUAGGGCCACCAGCAGUGGGGUGGCUGGGGCCAGUACUGGUGGCAGCGUUGCUGGUGGUACCAGUGCUUCUGCUGCUGGCUCCGUUGAAGGUGGUGCUUCAGGCAGUGAGCUUGGUGUGAGUUUUCUUGGGGCUGCCGCUGCUGCAACCACUGCUGCUGCUGCUGCUUCUACAGGAGGGGAUGUGUGUGGUACUGCAGGUGCCAGUGCCAUUAGCAGCAGUGGUGCACCAAUUGGAGGGGUGGGAAAUGGCUAUGGCAGUGGUUCAGUGGGGUAUUGUGUGGUGAAGUCUCGCAGUGGGUGUGUUUUCUCGGAGCCCUACCAUGGGUGGGGGUCACGAGACCUGUUCAAGAAGCCCUGGGAUGAGGUGCUUGCGGCUCCUGAUGUGUUCUUUCCUGAAGGUGCCAUGCAUUUCCGAGCAGACAUCUGGAUUGACUGACAUUUAAAGCCAAUUUUGCAUACU